AUGUCGGAUUUGAAUUGUAAAGCUUUGCAAUCUGAACUGAGACAUCAACUCAAAACAUUUGCAUCAACAGGGGAUGCACCGCUCAUUGUCCACCACCACGAGCAUCACUCUAACUCAGACUCAGACAGCGAGAGACCAGCAGAGGCAGCGCUGACGAAAGAUACCGGCUUCAACACCAAGGACACUGAGACCAACACCAAUGACAGUGAUAAAGAUACUGACGCCAACAAGGAUACCGGCGACAAUAGUAGAGAUGGUGAUACCGAGGAGGAGGAACCUAAAACGGAGGAGAAAGUAGAAGAUGCUGCAGAACCCGAGGAGAGCAAAGAAUAA